AUGUCACUCAACACCAACGAGCUUCACCAAAACUACGAGCCAAAUCCAAAUCCUGCUGAGCUGACUGGCAAGGACUCUCUUCGGAAUGUUUCAGCGACGGAGGAUUACGAGCCGCAUCCCGAAGAGUCCCUUGACAUCUCUCGAGAGCACGAAGAGAUUGUCAGGCGGAUCAUGAAUCUGUAUUGUGGUUCAGCGAGCGAAGAUGACAUGCAGGUUUAUGCAGAGAAGUCCAUCUACGACGAUCCGUAUUCUUACUGUGAUACGCGAUACAAGAUAGCUGGGCAGUGGUACGGUCUUCCCAAGGCAUUCUCGAAGCUUCGCACAUUGAAGCUACAGGUUGUUGAAGACAAGCCAGAUCUUAUCGUUUUCAAGUUGCAACAAGAGUAUACCCCGAAACUGAUACACAAGGCCCUACCGGUCAACAGCCUGGUAUCACUUUCGCUGGACGAGAACGGCAAGGUGAGGUACCACAAAGACAUGUGGAAUGAGAAUGACUAUUCUCAUGAAGGACUGGGCAAGAUACUGAAACAGUUGAAUGGCGACCAUUUGACCAAGAUCACUCAGCCUCCGAAGCGAUUGGGGAAUCCAAGCGGAUAG